CUCCUCGGCCCCGCCCUGUUGGUCGUGGCCACGCCCCGUUUGGAAUGUUACGGCCGCUUUGAUACAUUUCAGCGUUCCAUUGAGAAAAAGUAACAAUCCCGGCGCGUCUUAUCCGGGGAGAGGCUGAGAGCAGAGGACGGCCCAUAGGAGCCGCCUGUGUCCUGGUGCUGUCCGCACCGUUAUCUGCCGUGCACCUGCUCUACAGCACCACAAGCCGUCAGCCGGACCGCGUAUUCCUGGUGGCUUGUCACCCGCACAUCGGACUUCUCCAUGUGACACCCGAUUCGGGGCUGACAUCUGGUGACUCCUGUCCAGUGAAUACGGUCCCCCUGGAUUACAUGUCACACAUAACAAGGAAUACCUGAGAGCCCAGGCGGUGAGAGGGCACCUACUGCUACCAUCUGUGACCACUGGAGAUCUACCCAUGCCACAGGCUGGAGACUGGACAGUAGAUUAACCCUUUAACCCCGGGACCUGCCUGGCAGCCUGCUGACAUGAAAGCUGCUCCUGCCUGCUGACCACACUGCCAUCCCAGGGAAAUGCAAGUGAUGCCCAUGGCUUUGCAGUAACUAUACCACUUCAUGAGGAUCGUGUGCCUGGCCUGAAGGCUCAGUGUAGUCUAAAGCCAAGGGCUGGAGUGGGCAUGAGGACAGUCUGAUACCCCCUAGCCCACCACAGAGAGAUGUCCAGGCGAAAACAGAGUAAUCCCAGGCAGAUAAAACGUUCUCUUGGGGAUAUGGAAGAGACAGAUGAGAACUUAGCAGCAGAGUCUGCUCGCUCUGAAAAAGAUGGAACCACCUCAGACCCAGAAGAAUCAGCAGAUUGUGGCUCUUCCAGUACAUCAUACAGUGAUGGUGCAGAAGGAGAGCGAUGCAGCCCGGUGCUGCAGUCAUUAGACCAAGAGAUGGAAGAACCAGACCCAAUGCCAAACCUGUGUGAACUUGCUGAGGAACCUUCCCCUUCAUGUAUCUCAGCAGUCCAAUCUCCAGAGGGUGAAGAGAGUCUAAACUUCAAAGCAUCAGAGUCCUUGUCCAGCAUGGAAAACAUUGAGGAACCUCUGAGGUGGAACGGUCCAGAUGAGUUGGUUUUGGAAAUCCCUUCACCAGAUGGAGUCAGUCAGGUUCGAGCAGAGAGCAACAUCCUCAAGGGCUUUACCUGGGGUCCGUACAGAGGAAACUUCAGCGGGGCCAUAUCUUCUCCAGAACAGACAGAUACGAACUCCUCCCUAUCGCUGGAAGUGGAUGGUGACUGCUGGCUGAAGAACUUGACUUUUGUCCCGUGUGAGCUAGAAGCAAACUCAGUUAUAUACCGAAAAGGUGACCAGAUCUGGUGCAAGACCUCACAAGACAUACAACAAGGAGAGGUCAUCCGAGCCUUCCUUAUGGCCGAACCUCAGGCCAUUCCCAACUUCAAAAUAAAAGAGGAGCCCUGCGAACCAUCCCUGGAGAUGUCCACCCCUACCGAAUUUUCACUGCUCCCUCAGCAAGCUGGCAUGGCUGCAAUUCUGGCUACAGCAGUUGUCAACAAGGACGUGUUUCCCUGCAAGGACUGUGGCAUCUGGUAUCGCAGCGAGCGCAAUCUGCAGGCCCACCUCAUGUAUUACUGUGCCAGCCGGCAGAGUUCCACCUCUCCAUCAGUUGAAGAAAAACCUAAAGACUCCUAUCCAAAUGAGAGGAUAUGUCCUUUUCCCCAGUGCAAAAAAAGCUGCCCAAGUGCAAGCUCCCUGGAGAUCCACAUGAGGAGUCAUAGCGGCGAGAGACCGUUCGUGUGUCUGAUCUGUUUGUCCGCGUUCACCACCAAGGCAAAUUGUGAGCGUCAUCUGAAGGUUCACACGGACACCCUGAAUGGGGUUUGCCAUGGAUGCGGCUUCAUUUCCACCACCCGUGAUAUUCUCUACAGCCACCUAGUGACCAAUCACAUGAUCUGCCAACCAGGAUCCAAGGUUGAUGUGUUUCCCCUUGUAAAAACACUACCUACAGUCAAGUCUACAAACUCUGUGGUAAAUCAAAGCUCAUCCUCCAGCCUUCUAAAGUGUAGUUUGUGUGGAUUUUUAGCAGAUGGUCUGACCAGUCUCCAGCAACAUGCCAUCAUGCACACUACAUCUCCCUUUCCCAUCACCACUCAGUCAGUCCACUCCCCACCUGAUGCAGAAAGAGGAGAGCAGGCACCAGAAGUCCUGAAAAAUGGCAAUGCUACAUCACCAGUCUCAUCUCUGUCGGGAAGUGAGGAACUGCUAGUCAAAAUUAAAGAAGAACCAGAACCAUUAAUGCCUAUAAGUGAGUCUGGUGCUGCCAGCUCUGAAGCCACAGAAGCAGCAGCACCAGUGCCAUCCCCCACUGUCAAAGUAAAGACUGAAAUCUCAAGCCCCACGCCAGGAUCUAGUCCUGUGCCCAAUGAGUCUGGGGCAGCAACUGGAGGUGGCACAGUCAUUAUGCCGCACUACGUCUUUGGACAUGAAGCAGCUCCUGCCAUUGUACCACAAGCUUCUGAGAUACUGGCAAAAAUGUCUGAGCUGGUCCACAGCCGGCUAAAACAUGGACAAGCUGUUAGUCCGGCUGGCUUUUCAGGGAACACAGCACCUAAGGGUGCUACUUGUUUUGAGUGCGAAAUCACAUUUAAUAAUAUAAAUAAUUAUUAUGUGCACAAGAGACUUUACUGCUCGGGGAGACACGUGACAGAUGAGAGCCCAGCCAGUGGCCGCAAAAUAAAAGUAACACCCAUACGGGCCACCGUGGCCCCUGGCACUUCUACUUUACCAGCUGUUAAUGACCAAGGAACAGUCCCACCUCAGGAGGAAGCUGUAGGGGAAAGCAGUGCCCCAGUGGUAUCAGUUAAAGUGGAAGAUGGUGUUGGCACAGACAGUGAACCCACAGCGAGUGGACAUGCUAGUGAAGGCAGCCAAAGCCCGAGCUCCUUAGAUGACACGGAUGAAGAUCCAACCCGCACUGUUUGUGCGGCAUGCAACAUCCGAUUCAGCAGGCACGACACAUACAUGGUUCACAAACGUUACUACUGUGCCUCACGCCAUGAUCCUCCGCUUCGCCGUCCUGGUAUGAACAAGCCGGGACCUCCAUAUACACCUCAGCCUACUCCAAGAACUCGCAAACGGCGAAAGCUUUAUGAAAUCCAUGGAAUGGCCCAGGCAGAGGUGACUCCUUCAACAUUGCUUCCUCUAUCGGCAUUGCCCAUCAUACAAGGCCUCAUACCGCCUUCUGCUGUACCCUCCCCUAGUUCCAGCCCUGAUGCUGCUGAUGGGCCAAUAGACUUGAGCAAAAAACCUCGUCUCUUGGUUGAAACCCCAGCACCAGCUGCAGCAGUGGUCCCAUUGACAGACUACCAUGAAUGUACUGCCUGCCGCAUCAGCUUCAACAGUCUUGAAAGCUACCUGGCACACAAGAAGUUUUCUUGCCCUGCAGCUUCUUUACAACAGCAGGCUCUGCAACAACUUCAGAAAAUUAAAACUCCUGUCCCCACAUCUGCAAAGAUUGGGGAAGAAGUAGUGAAGGUGAAAGUUGAGAGACGAAGUCCAGGAUCUGUGAAUGAGUCCUCUCAAUCUAUAGCAAUGCCCUUAACCUCAAUUCCAGACACUAAACCCAUUCUGCAGUACCCCCCUGCUGCAGAGGCAUCUCCAUCUUCUACAGCCUCCUGCCCCUACUGCCCUCCGAAUGUGGUCAUCCGAGGAGAUUUACUUGAACAUUUCAGAAGUGUCCAUGGUCUACUUUUAGCAAAAGCCUCCACAGGUCACCGACUACAAGGCACAUUCAUGGAAGUGGUCCUACCUGCCCGAGCGCAACCAAGUACUGCAUCAGAGGGCAACUUGCCCAGUCCACCUGUGUCCUCUGCUUCUCCAUUACAAAUGCCAAGAGACAAUACAAAUAGCAAAGAGGCCUCACCAUUGUCAUCUUCUGCGAAUGGUAGUCCGGUUUCAAAUUCCACUUCACGACCAGUGUUAACCAGCACCCCCCGGCCUCUGUUGCCAAACUCUCCAGCCCUCCCUCUAAACCCGUUGGUGGAAACGCGAAGAGAUGAUGGACUCAGGGCAACCACCCUCGCUCUCCUGCCUGGGGAUAAAGCAAUGCAACCUCCUAAGCCUGGUCUGGCUACUCCAUUGCCAAAUGGCAAUCACAGGUACUGUCGCCUCUGCAACAUCAAGUUCAGCAGCCUGUCCACAUUCAUUGCCCAUAAAAAAUACUACUGUUCAUCCCAUGCAGCAGAACAUGUCAAAUAGCCUGAGCUGGUGACUUUGCUUGAAUAUGUUGUAAAGCACUAAAGCGACAGAGCGAUCUACGGACAUUAAGGGUCAUUGUGACUCAAGGAGGGGUCUGUGCUAUUUCAAGUGUGGCCACAGAAGUAGAAAAUUAAUAAAGAAUGGCCGUUCUUCUGUUUAAUGAGACUCGAUGGAGAGCACAUCCCAAGAGGGUAGCAAGGUGCGCUUCCUCCUGUGCCCUUGGAGAGGAUGCACAAGUUCACUCCUCUCAUCCGUUCAGUGACAACAGUACGUGUUUCGGUCCGGGUGCCUACCCACGCAUUUCAGACCCUUUCAGAAUUGCACUGUCUGUCACACAAGAAAACAGAAGAUUGUCAGUCCAGUGUAUGUUGUGAAUGCCUCCUGGUUCUGAAGCACAAUAACUGUUACAGAGAAUGAAAACCAUGAAGACCAGUGUGUGUGUCUUUGUUACAGGGCAGGGGAAGGGAAUACUUUUUUUUUUUUUUUUUUUAGUAAGUUAUUUUUGAGAUGUAUUUAAAACAAAGUUAAAAACAAUCUACUGUUUCUUUUUAUAGUGAAAAGUUCAGAAAUUUGAAAAGAAAUCUUUGAAUGUUUCCAGCAAAACAAUUUUAUUGGGGAUGGAGGGUAAGGUAUUUCCCAUGAUGACUGCUUUUUUAAGUUUUGAACAGAAAUACACAUUGCCUAGAACCCUUUAAAGAGAUGAUUGGCAAAAAGACUGCCCUAUACCUAGGAAACCCUUUUAGGGUGGGAUCAUAGGGAAGAACAAGGGGCAUUGUGUUGGAAUCCACAUGUUUUUUUUACCUUUUGGGAAACAAAGCAGUUCCGUUCUAUACUGCUUCCUACACUUUUCAUGGAUUAGACAAGGUCAGUUGUUUUACUUUUUAUCCCGAUACUGUAUGUUGCUUUUACUUUGUUUUGCAACACUGUUUGUCAGGUACUGCAGUACGGCAGGUGGUCUAUUUUUAUCAAAAAAUAGUUUAUUUCAAGACAACCCCCCACCUUCCAUUUUUAUGAAGGUAAAUGGAGUAUCCCUAUGGAGAUGACAGGGGAAGGGAACAGAGGCAAUAGAAGUGCAGUGUUUUGAAAUGUUCCAUAUUGGUCAGAAAGAUUUAGGGCACUUAAAAGUUUACCAAGCGCAUUGCAGCCUACGAUUUUGUCAUUAAACAAGAGGAUGCAACAAUAACACAGAGGAGGGGCAGGUAACUGUCUACAGGUAAGGGAACAGGUUGCUUCUGUCCCCUGCCUUCUGAUCCCUGCUUUCCUUUUUUUUUUUGUAUUUUUUACAUGGCAUUAUAUACAUGACAAAAAACUGGAAAACAAAGUUGUGUUUAAAAUAGUCCUUAAAUAUAUUUAUAUAUUAAUAUAGAUACCGAGAGCACUGAUUUACAAAUAAACACACAUUUCUGGUGACUAACAAGUGUGUAUAAUUGUGUACAGAAAUAAAGCCUGUGUAUAUUAUG